GGGACCUGGCCCUUGCAGGCAUGGACGCCUUACUCCUGGCCAUGUUGGCAAUGGGAGAGGCUCGGCUUGCCGGAGAAGCGAGGACUAUCGUAGAGAAUCCUCGGAGAGAAAGGAGAGACAUCCUCCCCAUCGCUGCUCCCAAAACCCCUGGAAGAAGGCGCCUUCGUGCACCUGGGCUAGCCUGGAGAAGACAAAGAACUCUGGGAUCUCUUCCACCCCCAGUGUACCACUUAAGCCUUCUGACCCUGGUGGCCGUAGGCCCCUGACCCCUGGGAUGGACAGCCCAUUGGAGUGGAAGAAGCCAGUAAGGACCAACAAUGGCAGCAAGGGACAGAACGGGAUAUCCCAGGCAGAGAGCCCAGGUUGUGGCUCUGCUGAGGCGCUGGGUCGGAGGAAGCAUAGACGGCGGUCUUCAAAACGAAAAAGGCAUGGUUGGAGGCCCUACCUGGAGCUGAGCUGGGCAGAGAAGCAGCAGCGAGAUGAGCAACAAAGCCAGCGAGCCUCCAGGGUUCGAGAGGAGAUGUUUGCCAAGGGGCAGGCUGUGGCCCCCUACAAUACCACUCAGUUCCUGAUGGAUGACCAUGACCUGGAGGAACCAGACCUAGGUAACCCCCAGGGGGUACCCCACCAGGGUUCUGGAUGGGAGGAGGAAGAUGAGGAGGGUGAGGGACCUGGGGACAUUGAUGGUCUAGGGAAGGCCCAGGGCGAGUUCCUCCAAAGAGACUUCUCAGAAGCCUAUGAGCACUACCAUGUGGAGAGCCUGCAGGGCCGAAGUAAAGAGGAACUGGUACGGGACUACUUAGAGCUGGAGAAACGGCUCUCCUGGGCUGAGGAGGAAACAUGGAAACUGCAACAGCAGCGAAACCUGCUGGGUCCUCAUCCCUGGUACCGUGCCCGGGAACUGGCAGCUGAAGUGGAGCGACUGAAGAUGGAGAACCAGAGGCUUCGACGGGAGAACGAAAUGUGGGGCCGAGAGGGCGAGAGCCCUAGGGAGAAUCUGGGCAUCUAAGGGAGCCCUUUCCUAACCUCUCCCCAGCCCCCCAGGUAGGACACUAGAGGGCUUCUAGCAAAGGUGGGAGGGUGGGGCAAGGAGAAGACAUUCUUUCUAUACUCAUUUCACCUGCCCAACCCUGCAUCCAAGGAGAGUUGCACCAUCUGUGUUCCUGGGAAGCCCUGCCCUCAAAAUCUGGGACUCAAGGCCUAGCUCUGGACAGAGACCACUAAGAACAAAGUUCCAGGUUUGAACUUCUCUAUCUUCCCCUAGCAUGCUGCCCCAGAGUAGAAGCUCCAUGAGGAUGAGUUAAGUUUAUUUUUUUGCUGUCCGUUGUUUUUUUCUUUGGUAAAUUAAAAAGUCUUGAUGAGGGCAAAGAGGAAUGGGGUAGAUAUUACAACAUAGAGUCUGGAGGGACCCCUCAGAUAUCCUUGUGAGAUGGAGAGACCUUUAGGGGAAAGACAUUGGGUUGGUGCCCUAUCUCCUCCAAUUGGAAGGAGCAGAGUGUGAAAGAAAACCUAGACCCAACUUGUCACCCCUCCAGGUGGGAUGAGAAUUAUUCAGCUGGGGCCCCACCUGAGUCUCCAAGGAGAUACGACGUUCUCUGAGCUAAUAGAUAGUCGGGCUGAGAGUUAAGGGACUUUGGACCAUUAUCACUCACAUCCCAAGAUAGAACAGUAACCUCUCUUAGGUGACAGAGAGAAACCUACAUGAUGGCCUGCUCCAUCCCAUCCUCCCACCUCCGUUGUUCCUUCAAGAAAAUGGAGCUGACAGCAGAACCCUUGUACUAGGCAGUAAUG